GCUACUGUCAGCUGCUAAAACAAAUAUUUUUAUAAUUAUAUACUACAAAGAUAUUAAAAUGAAAACUAAACUUUGUAACAUGGGCAAGUUGUACACUUCUCGAUUCGAACCAAACAAGUACCCAAAACACGGCCACAAUCUCAUCACCACACGAAGCGGUCGAGUUGUGCGUUCACCUGCGCAGAUAGAUCGGGAGCAUUGCAGGAAGCAAUGUAUUGUAAAUAAAGACGAGUGGAUGCUUGACAACAUGAGUUGUGGGAGUAGUCAAAAGGACCAGACGACAUCUCGUUUACUCAUCUAUCUAGAUUUAAGUGAACAUGCGGCUGUUGUACACUGUGAACCAGCAUCUGCAGCUAUAGUUGAUGAAGAUGUUGAGCUGAGAAAAUGUCUUGAUAAGUUUCUGGGAUUAACCGAUGCACGUCGUCCACUAUACAAUCCGAAGGAAUCUCUUGAGGCAACGGAACCGUCUGCGCACACUGAUCAAUGGCUUCCUAAAGCAGUGCAGCCACAGCCAGAGCCCGAGCCAAAGACAAGGCGUAAGCAGCUGCCACGAGUAGAGUUGAUGCUAUUUGAAUUGCUGAAGCAGAAACUAUUUGAAGAAAAUGUGCUGCGCAUCAAUGCCAACUACUUUGAGCAGCAAACGCCGCAACAGUUCAAGGAGCCUAUCGAACUGAGCGCCCUGCCUAGCGAGGCGAAACGAGCCCGUAUUUGCGGCUGGCAUAAGAGGCUGGUGCAACAAAUCCAGGAGCAACAGAUGUGCUACUAUAGCUUCCUGAGCUCGCUAAAUCCGGACACGCCUCUUGCCCUUUGUCAUCCCUUUGCGCUCAGCUAUCGCCAGGAGAGCUUUGACAGCUGUAAAGCGCGUUUGACCAAGUCUUUAUUUAGCCUGUUUAACCAUGUGAUUUUCUAUUGUGGUCUGCGGCAGUGCAUCGAGUGGCAGCAAAACAAGAAGAAACCCAGUAGCUGUGUCCUGAGCCUUGCGUCUGACAGGCAGCGUUGCGCACGCUUUCUGCUCUCGGCAAAUAUUCGAGAGUCCAGCAUGCUUAUUGAGACACUGCUACAUCAGAUGUGCCACGCGGCUGCCUAUGUAUACAAUGGCGAAACUGCACAUGGCCACAACACACAGAAGUGGGCCUAUCGCGCCAAGUCCUUGCUGCCGCAGCUGCCUCUGCUAGCUGACUGCGCAGCUAGCUACAAGUACAGCUGCGUCCUGUGCCGCCGCAGCUCCUAUGGCAACAUUCGGUUUCAGGGCAAGUUAAAGCAGCUGUGCUGCUACCACUGCCAAUUCGAGCUGGCCGUGAGUGCCUGUAGCGCUGACAGUACACACGAGCUGCCGCUUAGCGAACAGCAGGAGACGUCCUACAUGAUCUUUAUACGCGCCCACUACUUGAAGUGUGAACAGACCGGGCACAGCUCCAAGAUGCGCGCACUCAAUGCCGAGUACUUCCAACUGUAUAAACUGUAAAGGACAUGGCCUAAACGAUUUUCAUAAUCCCAUAUUUUUUAUUUAUUUAUUUUAUUUUUUUUAAGAGCAUGUGUAUUAAAAAUUGACGU